UACAGUCCGACUGCAGACGGAGCGGAGUCUGGAUGCGGUUUCUCCUGAUCUUCAUGGAAUAAAUCUGCAUCACAUCUGACUUAUUUUCAUUAAUUUUUUUUUUUACCAUGAACCCGGCAGCUGAUGCACAGGAGCUCAGACAAGCUGCGAGUUUGUGCAACUUUUCCUCGAGUUUGGAGGAGCUGAGAUGAAGCGAACCUGAAGCGUUUUACACCCAGAGAACAAGAAGGUGGUCGUCAUGUCCCUGUGGAUGAUCCUCCCCGUCAGCCUGCCGCUCUUCACCAUCACUGGGAUCUGGGUUGUAUACGCCAUGGCCCUGUACAACCAGCACGUCUGCCCUGUGAGCAACUGGCUUUAUAACGAGUCGUGUGAGGAGCAGCUUCCCCUGCAGAGAGGUCCGGUCCUGUGCUGCACGCUGGACAACGUCCCGCUCAUCAGUAAAUGUGGAACUCUGCCUCCUGAAAGCUGCUUUUUCAGCCUCAUAUGCAGCACUGGAUCCUUUAUGGUGAUGCUGAUCGGCCUGCUGCGUUACGCUCACGUCAUCGAGAAACACCAAAACUGCGUCCUGAACACAGCCGGCCUCUCCACCGCCUGGAUCUGUGCCGCCGGACUCAUCAUGGUGGGAAACUUCCAGGUGGAUUUUGCCAAAGUGCUGCACUACGUGGGGGCCGGCGUGGCGUUCCCGUCCAGCAUGCUGUUCGUGUGUCUGCAGUCGGCGCUGACCUACAGACUCGCCAAGACCCAGGACGAGUACCGAGUCGGGCACCUGCGGGUCGGCAUGACCCUGCUGGCUCUGGUCGCCCUGGUGCUCAGCGGUGUUUUCUUCUGCCAGGAGAGCUUCGCCCUGCAGCACGCCUCCGCCAUCUUCGAGUGGAUCUACUGCAUGCUAAUUAUGCUCUUCUACGGGACGUUCGCCUUCGAGUUCGGGGGCAUGUCGGGGGACACGCUGAUGGUCCUGUCCAGAGGAGGAGGAGGAGGAGGUGGGGUAGGAGGGGGAGGAGGAGGGGGGCUGAGCUUCUCCAACACAGGACACAAGGUGGAGGUGGGUGGCGGCUCCAGCCUCCACCAGCCGGAGAGCUUAUCCAUGCUGUAAGACACGUUUGAAGUCAAAGGGUGACUCUGUAAGACACGUAGCUGGACUCUGGGGCCUGGAAGCUGCACACGGAGCUGCUCCGCUCAGCAGAAACCAAAGACUGACUGACUUUUUCUCCUGCAAGCUGCAAAUGCAAAAACAAUGCACAACAUCACAUCUCUGAACACAGAACGAGAUCCACACGUGCACAAACACACACACGCUGUUUGUUUUCAGUCUGUAAACAAUCACGCUGCAUUCCUGAAGCUGAAGCUGCCUUUCAUCAGACUCGACGCCCUCAAAGCGCCUCAGAAGCUGCGCCGGCACUUUGUUUAACUCAGGAAGUUUUGUUACACAAUCAGUCCUGGCUCUUUACCUCACUGAGCAGGUGAAGGUUUCCAAAACAUGUUGGACAAUAGAUGGACCAAAGGUCACCGUGUGCCAAGAAUAAUCUCUCUUAAUGUGGUUUAUACAGAAGAAAAAACUGUUCUCUCUCUGUGUUUAUGACAUGAAAACUGUACGUUUGUUCCCAAAAUAAUAAUCUGUCUUAAUGUUGAACCUUUUCUAAUGUUAUUUUACGUUUUGUGCGACUUUUAGCUGUCUCAUCGCUCCGAUAAGCUCUGUUGUAUAUUUUGUUGUAUCAGCUGUUUGCCAAAGUUUGAAUGGGACCAAACUAUCAAUAAGAAUGUCUGCUGUAUUUGGUUUUAUAUAUAAAUACUGUUACAGGAAAGGAAUGUACGCCGAGAACAAAAUAAAUAAAGAAAAUAGGGAAAAAACAUGAUUUCUUUAUAUUCAUUCAUGAAUGAAGACACAAAGAGACGUGAAGUUCCUCUUGUUAAAAAGUUUUAUUGUUCAAAAAUCAUAUUUACAUAAUUUUUCCAGGAUUAAUGACACAGUUUGUGCAAAGAAAGAGAAAAUGUCCGUCACAAAGCUCCGGGUUCACAAGAUUUUCUGUGAUUCUUUGACUUUUUAAGCUCUUUAAGAUCUUCUCUCUGUUCAAUGAACUUUAUUUUGUUUAGUGUCAAAUAAUAUAAAACUUAAAAAAAAACAGCAGAUGUUUCAUCUGAAAGAACG